UACCUGUAGGGACGCUGGGUAGCCUGGGAUCCCCGUCCGACUUCCUUCACCUUCCUUGAUUUGCUUAUCCAAAAUCUCGCGCUCGAAGGUCUAAUCAGCGUCGUUCGUUGAUCUUCGUGGAGUAAAUCAGAGGUUUUGGGCAAUAUUGCUAUGGGCUCAAGAUUAAGUUUUAUGCUUCUGAUGCUGGCAGUUAGCUUAGUCUCUGUAAAUGCCAGAAAUGGGGUUAUCUUCAAUGAUUUAGUUGCAGUUCUCCAAAAGGAUAGUGGAGUAGAAAGUCAAAGUGAUGUCAGAAGAAACCAAAAAUUUUGCACACUUUGUGAAGAUUAUGCUUCCCAGGCUUUAAACUACAUUGGCAACAAUGAAACUCAAAGUGAGAUUCUUAGUAGACUUAACAGAGUAUGCUCUCGUUUUCAUUUUUAUGAGAAAGAGUGCAAUUCAUUGGUAGAUCAGUAUGUGUCAUUUGUUUUCCUGGAGGUUUCAACAAUAACUCCUGAGCAAUUAUGUGAAAAAGUGAAUCUCUGUGGGGAGGAGACUGGUCUUUUGAAACUGCCAAAGCAAGAGAAUACCUGCAACCUUUGCCAUAUUGUUGUUGUACAGACUCUUAUCAAGUUGAAAGAUCCGGAUACUCAGCUUGAUGUGGCAGACAUUCUUCUUAAGAUAUGCAGUUCAUUGGGAAAUUAUGGUCCACAGUGCCAGAUGUUGGUCUUCAAAUUUCUCCCGCAAAUCCUGAUCGAUGUCCAGACAUUUCUCGAGACAACAGACAUCUGCACUGCCAUACACGUUUGCGAAGACAAUGAACAUAGCACUGGAUCAAUGAUUGCUGAUGCUUGAUCAAUGCAAUAAACCAACACUAGAUCCAUGAUUGUUGAUGUUUGAUCAAUGCAAUAAGCCGUAUAAUCACGUAUUUUAUGACUGAUUAUGUUGGUGCCUAAUAAAUUUCAUGCAACUCCUUUUCUGCCUGCGAUUAAACUUGAUGAAUUAGAUUCAGUUCGUAGUCAUUUAUUAUUUUGCUUGUUCUUCAUUUUGGGCGCCACUGAAAAACCAACAAUAUGUUAUUCAACUGGCUCUGAGAAUAAACGGUUAUUGAAGUCCCCA